AGCCUGGGGGCGGCGCCCGUGGCAGCCAGUCCCCGGUCCUGCGCAUCCAGUCGCGGGGCGCCGAGCACGAUGUCUUCGCCUGACCAGGAGCGAGCCGAGACUCGGGCCGGACACCCCCCUGCCGUGAAAGCUGGUGGGAUGAGGAUUGUGCAGAAACACCCGCACACCCCAGAUGUCAAAGAGGAGAAAGAUAAGGAUGACCAAGAGUGGGAGAGCAGCAGCCCACCUAAACCAACGGUGUUCAUCUCCGGUGUCAUUGCAAGAGGUGAUAAAGACUUCCCUCCAGCUGCAGCUCAGGUGGCUCACCAAAAACCUCAUCCCUCUGUGGAAAAGCUUCCUAAUCCACAACAUGUCAAUCAGCACAUCAACCAGCCUCGCAAGUGAGCCCUCUGUCAAAAAGCCAGCCAAACUGCAUCAGUGAAUACAUUUUAGAAAGAAGAGAUUCGAGUUUUUAGGAUUCACGCUACCAAAUCAAUAAAACUGGCCUUUAAAAAUGAUAUAUGUUGCUUUUGCCUUAAUUCUCCAUGGUUUAAUAAAAAUGGAGAUUUCAUUAGGUUCUGUUACUCCAGAUGGAAAACAUGCUGCUUUGCCGCUGUGUGUUUGCUGAUCAAGAGUAUUACUCAGUUUAUCCAGUUCAGUUUUGCUUAGCAAUGUAAUAAAUCUGUUAUUGCCAAGACCAAACGUGAAUAUAAAUAAUUAAUCUGAUGAAGGGAUUUAGAUGCGGGAUUGCCAUAGCCAAUAGCAGAGGCAACUUUAAUGUUAAACCUAUUGGGGAUCAUAUAAGAUUUUGUGUUUGGUUUAUUUGACGUGGGGAGGAUGUUUUUUGUAUUUGUUUGGGAGGUUUGUAAUAUGUGGGAGUCUGAUUUUUAUAGAAUCUUGCAGUCUGGACUAUAUUUGUAAUCUAUCUAGAAUAUAAGAAAGAAUGUUGCUAAAGUUUUUAUGCUUUAGAUUCUCUCCUUUGAAUUUAGCUGUGGCAGAGAAGAAAUGAUCAGAAACCAUGAUUAAAUGGGGUGUGUGGGGAGGAAUCUAGUUGAUCCUUUGUGACACCAUGUUCCAUUUACAGCACCUCUUCCAUGUAGACUUUGUACAUUUGGAGCGCUGUUGCUUUAGGUGGGAGGAAGAUGUCAAAAUAGGGGGAAGCCUAUUCUAUGCAGUGUCAUUCCUCAACUCACCUGUUGGGUCUCGUGAUGGGUAUUUGUGAGACUUCAGGACCCUGUGAAGCCUUUCUAAAUAAAGUGAGCAAUAAGGCAUAAUGGUGUGUAGUAAAUCAUUGAGGUGCAAGCAGUCCAAUGCUGUGAAGAAGUGAGCUCCCUUACUUCCCACUGAGAGAGUUGAGGGAACUCAACAUCUCACAGAAUUGGCCCCAAAAUAGACAGAAGGGUAAAUCCAUUUAACUUAAAUACGGUGUAUGGUUAUUGUUCUAAAAUAUGUAACUGUAAAUGUGUAUGACAUCAUCAUGCAUGGUCUAUUACAUACCAUGUCUGCUGUUUUUUCUAGACUUUUACCAUAGGCAAGCAGAUGAUACAGAUAAGAUAUACCAUUUUAACUAACGUAGUCAAGGUUAGGUCUGGCCAUGUGUAUAAAUCUUUUUAUGCUUGCACAGUUUAAAAUCACUAGCUCUAUCAAAAUCAGUACCCCUAUCUAUUGCCUCCCACAUCUAAUCUCUAUACACCCAUGACAUUUUUUUUUAAAUGUAGCCUAUAUUUUUUAAUAUGUAGUUGAAUUUUUAAAGGAAUAUAAAUACACUACAGGCUUUAGUACCCUGCAUGAUUAUAGAACAUCACUUCAGGGAACGUGGCCACUUGGACCAACAUUGAAGUCACUCAUCUGGCAAACCCUGGUAGUUCUGGGCUGCUCAGGGCUUGGUAGUGUAUUUAGAGUUAAAAAUCAAAUAGCAUGAAAAAGUAGUGAGAGGAGAGCUUUAAAAAUACUAUUUAAAACCAUGCUAAAUAAAGUCAUGAUUAUUCUGAGUGGCUGAUUAUUGUAAACUGAAAUAGAAAAAACAGUGGCAUUUUCUAAAUGGGAUAAUUCAGUUCAUUGUGAGUAAGAUUUACCCCUGUGCAGACGCCCUGCACAAGGGCUGUGCAUCACUUGGUGAGGAUCCUCUACACAUAGAAAUGAACUUCACCCUGUAUGCGUUCAUGUACAUCUGCAGACCAAAAAAAGUAUAGUCUGGCUAUGCAAUCCUUCUGUAAAUGAAAUAAGAUUGUGAAUUUCUUGGGCUUCUGGGAAAAUAUUCAAAUUUAAUAAAAAUUUAUGCUGGG